CCCAGCCACUCGUCAUUUCGAUGUAAUAACGAGCAGUCGUGUCGCUACAGGGCUCAUUGUAGUUCACACGAAAGCCCUUAAUAGUGCCUUUUCAAAUGUAGUCCUUUGGUGUUAUUCAGCGCAAAGGCUUUAUAUCUGAACUUCGAGAGGAAAAUCGAUGCAAUCAUCAGUUGCGGUCUAGAUCAGUAUCGACCGUCUCCCACAGUCUACAGCAGUGGUCUAUCCCGAUGGGUUGAGAACGCCGACGUUUUGUGAUAGUGGUCACACCACUCACGCUACAUAAAAGGGAAUUUAACUGAAAAGGUGGUGCCAAAGUACACCUCAAAAAUAAUUGGUCGACGAGGUAUAAUCAAUGCCGACUCCGAGCACAGCCACCGGAGCAUCGUCUGUCACGCCGUGAUCACCCUCCACCCGUGCCACCAUCUUCACAAUUUUGAUGGUCACUACCCCGCUGGAGAAAAUCAUCUACACGCACUGUCACUUCAUUAUUAUUAAGUUUCUCAAUAUUUUCUUCAUUUUGUAGUUCUAUUUAUCUAUUUUAUAUAUCAACUUGUUAUCAAUUUGAAUAUGAGCAAGAUUCUAAAAGUCGUCGGGGCCUCAUGGCUCCAGACGAAAAUCAGCUCCUACAUCCUCGGGAUCCUCGGUCUUCUCUCAAUCUUGGCCUUAUUUGUUGGACAGAUCGAAAGAAUUCAGGAAGAUGGUAACUACGCAGCAACUGUAUUCUUUUCAAACAAAACCGGUUAUCGUAUUGAAUAUUGGGGACAAAGUAACGAACUCAAAGACAUACCAAGAGGCGUAGCUCGGGCUUACUUCAGGAUGGACAUCGAUACAACGGGUUGGUCUCUAUUGGAAAUUGAAACUGACCCAUCGUAUUCUGAUGAACACCAAGCUUACGCGGCAGGCAUUGUCGAGGGCGCUCUGACAUGGUCUCUAAUCCACUCGCAUUUGGACAACACCAUCCGCGCGAAAUGCGGCGAAGAUACAAACACAAUGAAACAAUGCGAAAAGUUCAGGGACGCUUUAGACAAGUCUGUGGAUAUCUGGAAAGCACAGGCCGCGGAACGAGGCGAUGAAGACCCAUUCUGGCAUCAUGUAUCUUUGUACUACACGCAAAUAAGUGGAAUAUUCACAGGAUGGAAGCACGGAAUUGACCGCAGCAUGAAAGAAUAUGAAACUGAUAUUUCUGACUUAUACUGGUUGAAUUCCGUUGCCGAAGCACUUGAAAUCCAACGCAAAAUGAACCUAACUUUAGAAGAUGAGUCAAUUGCAACUGUUCCCCAUUUAUCGAGCGCAUUUUUGAGAGUUGUUGACGACAUCAAUCAUGAUGGAACGCCUACAAAGAAGCUGUAUGUUUCGCAAAACGCCGCAGGAAGUUACUCCUCCAUGACUCGCAUCCUAAAGAAAUACAAACUAAACUAUCACGUCACGUCAAAAGACACCCAACUGGUCCCCGGUACGUCAGUCCACUUCUCAGGCUACCCGGGCUCCAUCACCAGCCAAGACGAAUUUUACAUCGUAAAGGGCAAUGAACAUAGGAUGGCAGUCACGGGCACUGCUCUCAGAAACUACAAUAUCAAGCUAUGGAAAGAGGUCAACAUUACGGAACAAGUGCCUGUCGGUCCCCGAGUGUCAGCCGCGAACCAUCUGGCGUCCAACGUGAGCUCUUGGGGCCAUAUUCUGGCCAGCAGCAACUCAGGAACGGGAAGCAAACAAUGGCUUAUCGUGGACUUUAACAGAUUCGACACACUUCACACACCUCGCCCUGAAGAAGAAAAACCAGAGCAGAAUGAAGUUGUUACCGAGAGCACUGUUGACAAGGAUGUGAGACACAUCGUGGUGCACCGCAACAGCAACGGACAUUCCAAGGGACUGGUCGCGUUGGUGGAACAAGUUCCUGGACUGACACACUCAGCUGACUUGUCUGAUGCCUUCUUGAAACAAGGCUAUUGGGCUACCUACGGACUGCCAUUUUUCAAAGAUAUCACCGACAUCACACACGUUAACAAAAUGGAAGAAAUGUACGGCAACAUAUUUUCGGAAACAGGAUCUUCAAGAGCUGUAUUAUUUAAGGAAGGUUGUAAGAACGCUACCAACUUGGAGAGCAUCUUGUUGUUGAUGAGACAAAAUAACUUGACUGAGGCAAACAGCACUGCUGGUGACAACAACUGUGCCGGAGAUAUACACUGUAUCUUGAGUGAGGAAGGGUACUGGUCUGUUGUUGGAGCAAGAGGAGACAUCGGGAACAUCCACAAAGAAGCCUAUGGAGUAAUUGACACUAAAGUCGUAUCUGGAGCCCUCAAUGAAAGCAAGUUGGAAUUUUUCACGUUAUCCGGUCCACCAUACACAGAAAUCCAGGCGAACGUAACACAAAUAUUACUCAACAAGGGGAACAUUGCACCUAUUUAUACUAAACUACUCAAUGAUAAUCCUGACAUCAAUGGGUUGGAAAUCAGGGACCUCGUUCUACAAGAGCAAGAGAAGGCUGAAGAGGAUAAACUGGAUCUUCUCAACAAAAACACCAUCAAACCGUUUGAUUGGUCAGAGAGCGUAUUCGUAAACUCAACACAUGAAGGUCUACCAGACCGAUGGGCUUUUGAACUCUACGCGCCUAAAUGGACGUGGUGAAUCUCCAAGUCAUCAUAUCUCUCAUAAUAAUUUGUUUUAAUUUAAUUUUAAGCCUUGGUUCAUCACUUCCAAAUAAGUAAUAAUAAGAAUCGUAUGCUAAUCGUAUUAGGCGCAUUAAAUACUUACAAUUUAAGUACCCAAACCAUUGGCAUCCAACUUUAUCUACUUUACGUAAAUAAAAAGACUACACGGAAACUAUUUGAAAAGUUUCUAAAAUAUAAAUCUAAUGAUUUUUUUAAAACCAAGCUCCGUUUGUAAUUUAAUUUCAAUGUUAACUUUAAGAUUAUUUAUUGGGUUUAUGUUCGUACCAUUAAUGUUCGUUUGUAUAUGUGUUUUAGACGAAUUAGUGAUUACCUGUUUCUGUGACUCAACCAGAAAUUUACAUUUUACAUUGUGACUUAGAAGAAGGAAUAUGGAUUGGUUUUUAAUGAAAUUUAUAUCUACAAAGUUCACAUAUUGGAACUUUAUAUUAACUUUGGACAUGUACUUGAUAUGUACUUAAUUGAUUUUAUCUAUUUUCAUAUUUUUUAUCUAUUCUAUGUACUUAUGUGACAUUUUAUGAUCCGAAAGGAUCACCAUUUGUUUAAUAAAAAUGAAGUGACUUAAAUAUGCAAUAUUCGAUUUUGCUCUCGAAAAUAAAUGUUUCCAUUUACCUAUGA